UCAUUAUCGCUCCAUUUUCAUUUAUGGCAAGUAAUUGUUAUUUCAGUUAUAAACAUUUUAUCAUAAUAGCAGUAUUUCGUUUUUUUAGAUUUGGAUCGCUCUGUUUAUAACCGUCAUUCUGUAUGGACUAGCAUUACACAAAGUGUUGGAACGAGAAUUUGAAAUACAAGAUAUAGACGUAUUUUGGCCAAGAAGUAAGGUUUUAUGGAAUUUGUUUCGAACUUUUGUAUAUCAAGGAAUAAAUUUGGAUUGUAUGAAGAGGUUUCCAUCCAGAUUUAUGAUUGGAAUAUGGUGGCUAUCCAUCGUUAUUCUAGGUUCUAGUUAUAGCGGCACUUUAAUGUCGUUCAUGACGUAUCCUCUUACUGAAAAAGUUCCAAACACUUUUGAUCAGUUAGCAAAUUCUAUACUAACAGGGGAAUAUUCUUGUGGAGUAGCCAGUACAGCUAUUUUAUGGCAAGCUAUUGAGAAUUCCAAGUUAAAAUCGGCGAAGAUCAUAUCAAACCAUAUAAUACAAAACAACAACUUUAUGGAAUUAAACAAAGGAAUUGAAAGAGUAGAGAAAGAACGAUUCGCUUUAAUAUUCAGUGAUUAUGUAUUAAAAAAGAAACUUUGGAAAAAUUUAAACAAUUUUGUUUUUUCUAAUGACAAACUUUUUACAUUUAUGGAAGCAUAUGCAAUGAGAAAGAGUUUUCCAUUCAGACAUCAAAUCCACGAAAUAUUCCGAACAGUUGAUUGAGGCAUCCUGCACCCGUUGUUUUCAUAUCUGGUCCCUUCUUUUCAUCUAUCGAAGUGCGUUCUCGAGAUUAAGGAAAGACAGACACACAGAUCCGUUGACAGUCAAACUACACUUGAAAUUCAUAAGUCUACAAUUUUUCAAAAUUGUAGUCCAAUAAUUGCUCGUUUGAGUAUAAAAAUUAAAAUUUUAUUUUUCAGAACGAGUCGAAUAUUCGAUUCUGGAAUCAUCGAGAAAAUCGAUUAUGCCGAACAAUCUAGAACAAACAGAGAUUCAGAAUUUCGCGAAUUAACCAUCCAAGAUAUCAUCAGCCCGUCUUUGUUACUUAUAUUGGGCUACCUUCUGUCGCUUCUCUGCUUAGUUAUUGAGAGAAUAUAUGUAAAAUUGUUCUGUAUUUUAAGGAUUCUGCCAGGUUGAAUAUUUACACUAUAUUUGGUAAUAGAGAGGUAAAGUGCUUUACGUUUCGUUUUCACAAUAAUACAUAUGAAAUAAUAGAAAAUUAUUUCAAUUUAAAACUUUAUUCCGAAAAGAAUUAGAUAAAUGAGCAGCACGAUUCUAUUGCUAAUAAGUAUUGUAUGUUGUACUAGGACAAGCCACUAUAGUUUGAAAUAUUUUUAAAUUGCAGCUCGGCAUUGUGACAAUCACUAUAAACAAUAGCCUGUUUUUCAUAUACUAAUUUUGUCUUAACCGUAUUUGAAUUGGAGUACAACAGCGUAAUU